UUGCCUCAGCACCUCCUAACACAACACCUCCAAGAUGGCUUUCUCUGGACGAUGGGAAACUGAAACCCAGGAGGGCUAUGAUGAGUUUUGCAAGCUCCUCGGUAUCCCUGCUGACAUAAUUGAGAAAGGCCGUGACUACAAGCUGAUCACAGAGGUGACCCAGGACGGAAACGACGUCUCCUGGACUCAGAUCUAUCCCACAAACGCCAAGGUUACCAACAAAUUUACAGUUGGAAAGGAGUGCGACAUGGAGACCAUUGGAGGAAAGAAGUUCAAGGCCACAGUGAACAUGGAGGGAGGCAAGCUGAGUGUCAACUUCCCCAACUACCACCACACCUCUGAGAUCAGCGGAGGAAAGCUCAUUGAGAUCUCCACAGCUGGGUCUGUAGUGCUCAAGAGAACCAGCAAGAAGAUCUAAAUGCAUUAUGACCUCGGACUACUACAAGUACAAUGGAGA